CAUCAUCUUUGUUAAAAAAAAAAAAAAAAAAAAACUUUUCAUCUUUUUCUUUUACUCUUCAAUUAAAGCCCAUAACUUUCAAUUUCUUCACUUCCAACUGAAAAUUUUACUUUCUUUUGAAUGGACUACAACCCAGAAAUUUACUCAAAGGUGUUUUAGUUGAUCUAGUUGUGGAGUGAGGAAAUGGACACAGUACAUGAAGCACUAGAUGAGGCCAAACUUGAGAUUGAAAAGCUCAGGGAAAACUACCAAAGUAAAGCUGAGUUUUGCGAGAACUUGAAAAGAGCCAACAAUGAGCUGCUAACCAAGAAUCAGAAGGCGAAUUUGAAAGUAGAGAAGCUCACUCAUGAGUUGUCUGGAAAAGAAGAUGAGCUUGCUGUCACUAAACAAUUGCACGAAGCAAUCGAGUCAAAGCUUAAAGAAAAGGAGAUAGCUGUCAAGCAUCUAAGUUCUACAAAUGAUAAACUUCAUGCAGACUAUGCUGAGAUGGUCCGAAAAUGGGAAGAAGAGAAUAGAGGGUUGGCAUUGGCUUUAGAUGGUGCUAAUUCAACUAAUACGGAUCAAGAGCAACAGAUUCAUUCUCUCAAAAAAGAAAUUGAAGGGCUAAGGGAAUUUGCUUCGGCUUCACAGAAGAAAAAGUCCUCAGAAGUUUCUUCCAAAGAGCGGAGAAACAACGAUGAUAUGCUAUUGGAGAUGGAGGAGGAAAACAGGAAGCUUACGGAUCAACUAAAAUGGAGGAAGGAACAGUUCAUUCACCUGGAGGACGCUCAUGGCAAGCUCAGGCAACAACUUCAAAAGUGUGAAGGAGAGAAAAAAGGGCUGGCGUUGGCAUUAGAUGGUGCUAAUUCAGCUAAUGUGGAUCAAGAGCAACAAAUUCGUUCUCUCAAAAAAGAGAUCGAAGGGCUAAGGGAAUUUGUAUUGGCUUCACAGAAUAAGUCGUCAGAAGCUGAGAAGAGAGCCAAAGCAUCCAAAGAGCCGAGACACAAUGAUGAUAUGUUACUUGAGAUGGAGGAGGAAAACAGGAAGCUUGCAGAUCAACUUAAAUGGAAGAAGGAACAAUUCAGUCAUCUGGAGGAGGCUCAUGGCAAGCUCAGGCAACAGCUCCGAAAAUAUGAAGAAGAUAAUAGAGGGCUGGCAUUGUCUUUAGAUGGUGCAAAUGCAACUAAUUUGGAUCAAGAGCAACAUAUUCGUUCUCUGAAACAAGAAAUUGAGGGGCUAAGGGAAUCUGUAUCAUUUUCAAAGAAGAAGUCGUCUGAAGCUGAGAAGAGAGUGAACACAUCCAAAGAGCUGAGACACAAUGAUGAUAUGCUACUUGAGAUGGAGGAGAAAAACAAGAAGCUCGCAGAUCAACUUAAAUGGAAGAAGGAACAGUUCAGUCAUCUGGAGGAGGCUCAUGGCAAACUUAGGCAACAACAUCGGGAGGAGGAGAAAGAAUGGGUAAAGGAGAGAUCCGCAUUGCUAGAUGAGAUUUCCACACUGCAGUUGAAUUUAGAUUCUCAGCUUAGAAUAUCAAAAGAUCUUGAAAGCCGUUUGUGGAUGUGCAAUCAGGCUUUAGCUCAUGAAGAAAGCAGGAGAAAGCUACUGGAAGUUCAACUUGCUGAGUCUAAAACAUCCUUUGACAGUGUCUUCGCGGAGUAUGAGGAAUCCAAGUCUAUAAUAGAGAGCCUGACAAGUCAGAGAGACAAAGAAAUUGCGAAUCUAAGAGACAUUUUGGGCACAAGGGAUACACUUCACAAGGAAAUGGAGUAUCAAUUCAGAAGGGUAGAGCAAGAGAAUCAUGAAUUGAUGACGUCCCUUAAAGAACUCCAGGAAGCCAAAAUUCAAGAAGCUGGAGCUUCUUCUUCCUUGUCAAAACUCCGAAACAAACUCAGAGGCUUGGAGCAGGUGCACAAGGAUUGUUUUGGUAAUCUCAAAGCCAAAGAAGCUGAAUGGGCUUCUAAAUUGGAGCAACUAACAGAAGAGCUUGAUUGCUGCAAGUCUUCUGUACAGAGCAAAGACAGUUUAAUAACUGAACUUCGAGAGGAGUUGGAGACAUGUGAAUUGUUAACAUUGCAGUUAACACUACAGAAUGAGGAGACUUCCAUGAUGCUGUUAGUGUUGAAAUCUCAGUUUUUUGAGCUCCAUCAAAGAAUUGCUGAUGAUUAUGCUUCUAUGGAACUGGAAAAGAGAGAAGGAGUUGAGAAUAUCUCUACUCUGAUCAAACAGUUGAAUACAAAGAAUGAAGCUCUUGGUAGAGUUCAGAAAGAUCUCGAAGAGGAGCGUGAAAAGGUGGCACUGUUGUCAGAAAAGGUCGAGUCCUUGAACUCUGAAGAACAACAACAGCUUCCUUUACAAAGAGAGGUUGAUGCGCUGAAGGAAAUGCUGAAAGAAGCAUCGACUUCUCAAAUUCAUUUGAAGGAGCAGGUAUUGCAUACAAAGAGUGACUUGGAACAAGUCCGCGAUGCCUUGGAUAGAGCAAACGAAGAACUUGCUGAAAGUUUCAGUGAAGGAAAUGAACUGGAAUUUGAACUGCAGGUUUGGAAAUCUGUUGCUGAAAAGUUGAAAGCCAACCUGGAAGAAAACCAUCAAAUGAGGAUACAAGUAGAAGCCUCCCUCCUCGCCCAAGCAGACGUUGAGUUCGACCUCAAACUAGAAAGAGAAAGCCUUGAACUCAAGCUGGACGAAAAAGAUAAAAGAGUGAACGAACUCCAGCAGCAGCUCUUAGACUUGAACGAGGAACUCCAGAGAAGGGAACAGACAGCGUUGCUCAGUGAAAAUAUUGAGCACAAGAAGAUCUCUCAGGAUCUUCAGAAGGAGGUGGAGUAUUUGGAGCAAGAGUGGGUGAGAAAAGAGCUUGAAGGUGCCAUUUUAGCACAAGUGGAAGCAGAAACAAAGCAUAAGAACGAGAAAGAGAGUCUCCACCAGCUUGUUGAAGAGAAAGACCACAGGAUAUAUGAUCUCCAGCAGCUUGUCAACUCACUGGAAAAUGAAUUUGAAAGUUCAACUAGCUCAUUCUCAGGCAGGCUCUCAGAUAUGCAAGCAGAGGUUGAUAUGUUCCAUAAAACCUGGGAGAAGAUGAGAACAGCUGAGAUCCUGAAUGAGAUUGAAAUACAGAUAAGGGACUUGUUGAUUGUUGAAUUGGAAAAUGAUUUUUGCAAGUUACAAAAGAAAAUGGAGCACUUGGAGAAUCACUUGUCCAAUUCUGUUGGAAAAAGGACAGAGCUUGAAGUUGAGCUGGAAGCGAGAAGAUCAGAGAUAGACGCGUUGCAGUUUAAACUUGAAGAACAAGUAAGAAGCUCGGAUAUUGUGAUCAAGAAACUUAAUGGAGAAAAGACGAAGCUUCUUGAAAGUGUUGAGAAAUUGUCAUCAGAGAAGGACAGGUUGCUUGAUACUUUCAUGGGAUUAGCAGAAAGAAUUAACUUGUUGUCUAAGGAAGAUAUACAGCUAACUGAUAGUUUGGAAAGGAUGGUUCAAAACUGUGACAGCAAUAUGUCGGAAACAGACAUGAAAUGGGAUAAUGAAUUCUUUGACCCUGUUAAAGAGAACAAUAGCAGACAACCUUCCACUCCAAACAAGAGAUUAGAAGCUAUACGUGAUGAAAGAUCGCCGUUGAGAUCUCUCAACAAUUAACAGGGAAAUUCAAAUAGCAAGAGAAGUUAUUUAUUUGUGUAUAGCUUCUUGACAAACUUGAUCUAAUUGUUGUUAUCUUGUCAGCAAUCUGUAACUGGCUAGGAAAUUCACAUGUACUAGAACUUCCAUAUCAGAAACUUUGUAGCAUAUAUUCACUUUGAUUUUUUGGUUCUUUUUCAA